AUGUCCACAGCCAAGGAGCAAGAGGGGAAGAAACCCACAACCGGCAGUGGCAGCGGCAGCGGGAGCAUCGGCCGCCGCCCACGGCGCAAGUGGGAGGUGUUCCCGGGCCGCAACCGCUUCUACUGCGGCGGCCGCCUCAUGCUGGCCGGCCACGGCGGCAUCUUCGCACUCACGCUGCUGCUCAUCCUCACCACCACCGUCCUCUUCUUCGUCUUCGACUGUCCCUUCCUGGCCCGCCAGCUGACCCUCGCCAUUCCCAUCAUCGCUGGCAUCCUCUUCUUCUUCGUCAUGAGCUGCCUGCUGCAGACGAGUUUCACCGACCCUGGGAUCCUGCCCCGGGCCACCGUCUGUGAGGCAGCUGCCCUGGAGAAACAGAUCGACAACACAGGCAGUUCCACAUACCGGCCACCACCUCGGACCCGGGAGGUGAUGAUCAAUGGGCAGAUAGUGAAGCUGAAGUACUGCUUCACCUGCAAGAUGUUUCGGCCACCCCGGACCUCACACUGCAGUGUCUGCGACAACUGUGUGGAACGGUUUGACCAUCACUGCCCUUGGGUGGGCAACUGUGUGGGGAGACGGAACUACCGCUUCUUCUAUGCGUUUAUUCUCUCCCUCUCGUUCCUGACGGCCUUCAUCUUCGCCUGUGUGGUCACCCACCUGACGCUGCGCUCUCAGGGAAGCAACUUCCUCUCCACUCUGAAGGAGACACCAGCGAGUGUGCUGGAGUUGGUGAUCUGCUUCUUCUCCAUCUGGUCCAUCCUGGGCCUCUCAGGGUUUCACACUUACCUCGUCGCCUCCAACCUGACAACUAAUGAAGACAUCAAAGGCUCGUGGUCCAGCAAGAGGGGCGGUGAGGCCUCCGUCAAUCCCUACAGCCAUAAAAGUAUAAUCACCAACUGCUGUGCUGUGCUCUGUGGCCCCCUACCUCCCAGCCUGAUUGACCGGAGGGGGUUUGUGCAGUCCGACACCGUGUUGCCCUCACCCAUCAGAAGUGACGAGCCAGCCUGCGGAGCCAAGUCCGACGCCAGCAUGGAGGACACCUGUCAGGAUUUUGCCAUCUCCUGCACAGCCUAAGGGGAGCUAACAGGCCUCUUUGCAGAGGGUUAGCUGUGUGUGCGGGGGCUUAAGGAACUCCUGAGGACCGCUGUUCUCUGCCUCUCCAGGAGUGGCCUGGGGGGAGCCAGGCACCCAGCUCCUCCACCUGCCUAACCUGUGGCCCAUCUGCCACCGUCUG